AUGAAACCGGGCAAACCAAUUAUUCUCGGCGAUAUCAAGCUGUGUGUGUGAAGUUCAUCUCCCGCUGGCGAUGUUGUUGAGUCGCCGAUUGUACGCAAGAGCGGCGCCACCGUGGAAUCCAAGCCACAAACCCCCCUGGACGUAGCUGUCGCCCUGAAAAAUCGUGGAAACAAAUUUUUCAAGGCCGGACGGUAUCAGCAGGCGGUGGAGUGUUACACAGAAGCCCUCGAGACCUGCCCUGAGGACUCCGUUACGCCUCGUUUGUCGCUACACCCGUUUGAUAAAAAACCACCUUUCACCUACCUCACUGAACGGUGUCUUGAACGGAUUCCUAGUCUGCCCAUUGAUCUGAAGGUUUUACAAUGA